CACGCCUGUCUGCAGCAGGUGCGGCCCGCUGACAACAACAAGAAUAACGGGGUCAGUUACCGGGACCCCGGUCCUUCCACAGACAAUGCACCGACUGUUGUUUGCGUUUCUGGCCGCAGCCUGGGCGUCUGUUCUCGGCCUCCCCAGGCUGGAUGUGUCCCCGGCGGCCGGGCCCUGCCUCGCCCCGCUGCAGUGGGAGGGCAGGUGGGUGCUGUACGACCACAGCACCGGGAGGAACAGUCGAGCCGCUGUUUCCUACGACGGCCUGAACCAGCGGAUCCGAGUCCUGCAGCAGCACAAGAAGCACACCCCGUGUCAGAAGUUUUUUGAGUACAUCUACUUGUAUCAGAGCAUGGUGAUGUUCCAGAUUGACCAGAAGACCAAGGACUGUUCAAAGAUCGCUCUGACGGAGGCCUGGGACCCCUUCGACAUCCCAGGCAACUCCACCUUCGAGGACCAGUACUUCAUCGGAGGCCCCGGGGACAACGUGGAGGUUCAGGAGUGGUCAGACAGGAAGCCGGCACGCCAACAUGAGACCUGGGUGGGCGUUUACACCCUGAAGGACUGUUACCCAGUGCAGGAGACCUACACCAGGAACAGCAGCGUCACCACCUCCACCCGCUUCUUCAACAUCCAGCUGGGUAUCAGCGACCCCGACGUCUUCACCCCACCCAGCACCUGUCAAUCAGCUCGGCCGCAGAGGAUGGCCGAGUCCGUCUGCUGAGGCCUCGCCGGUCCUCACCUUUGACCUUAGAAACACAACAGCACUCUGAGGCUGAACUCACUCCCUCGUUCACGAUUUUGCGUCAUUGCUCACAGGCGUAGCGUCGCCCAGCUGUUACAUUUUGCAUCCAUGAAAUCAGAUUUUCAAUCAAAUAUUUGGAUUGUUAGCAGAAAGAAGGCGACGUGCCAUGGACGUUACUGUUUUCAUUGCAUUAUGGGAAUUUUUUAGACACUGUAUAGUGCAUACACUUCACACCUCACAAUUUGGACACUCAAAUGAAAUGGCGCAGGGUAAAUAUAGUGUGCGAUAUGGUAAAAAGGGAGUGAUUUCAGAUGCAGUCCUUGUCCGGAGUCUUAGAGAGGUGUUUGCUAAUUUGCUGCUAAUUUGCUGUUAUCAGGACCAAUGAGCCCUGCUAGCUGCAACCUAACUAACUGUUAACUACUAACUACUGUGCAUUGACAUUAAAGGAAUUUGAUUCUGUUCUAAUUGUACGAUGUGGUUAUAUUGAGAUUGCUUUAGAAUUAGCUUCAUGCUAAAACGUGAUGCUGACGACCGCUUGAUAAUUUCUUUGCUCACAGCAGGCAGUUUAAUAAAUCCAAAUGUUUCUUCACACAAAACAUGAGUGGAAACAAUAAUAUAUCGUGUCAUCUAUCCAAAUCGUAUGUGUUUGAAUUUAAUUUUGGAUUGUUUGAGGUCGAAGCAUAAAGCUUAAGGUACGUUUCUGCAGUGAUCUGUUGGAUCUGUUCUAACUAAGCAACACACAUUAGCCAAUCAGAGGGACACUGGGAGGGUCGACUGGACAUUUUUUUUGGAUCACUGAGAUUUUGGAAUAAUGGGCUGUCUCCUUCACAUCCCUCAGCUCUGGCUAGCUCCCUCAGAUACUGUAAAUAACAUUAGCUUUAGCAAAAUGUUAGCAUAGCAUGUACAUACUGCAUGAAAUGCUGUUUGCCAGUUACGAGCACAGAAAUGUCUCAUUUUGGACAUUUCUAAGAAAAGCUUGUACGAAAUGUUCACCAUCAAAAUAUACCUGACCAGACAAUAAAUAAACGCUUCCAUGAGUACAGGACCUCACAUGAGAAGUCUGCAGUGUAUGAAAGCAAAGCAGUUUUUAUAAAUACAACGGCUGUGCCACACAUGAACAAAAGAGAGAGAGCAUAACUGUUGGAAUUGUGAAAUAUUAUAUCUAACA